AUGUCCAACCCGGACGCAGUGGUGGUCCCCGACGAUUGCUACUGCAAGACAUGCAAUGGGCGAACGCGAGCCGGUGCGUUCCCGGACGACAAGCUUCGGGUGGCUUGUGACAAGGCCUUCGACCAUUGCGUGGUCAUACCGGGGGAGAAGGAGGCCUGUGUAAGGUGUAUCUGGAGGUACGGCGAGCCCUGCGACUUCGAGAAGAGACCAUAUGUGGUCAAAGAACGCAAGCCGAUGAUCGUCAGGAUCACCAACCCCCUCCCCGCCACCCCCGUCACCCCCGUCACCCCCACUCCCGCCGGGCCCGCUAGUCAAGCUCUGGCCCAACUCCAGCCCGCCCUGAUGGAUCCGACCACGGGCAAGUUCUGGUUCCAGGCUGGAGGUUCUGGUAGUUAG